CUGGCUGUGGCCAGUGGCAGGAAUGACGAGGACUACUUUCGUGGGCAGUCCAACGCCAUCUCGAUAGUGGUCGCCACUCACAACAACUCCAGGUACAUCACCUCUGCUCUGGAGAGUGUAGAGGAAAGCGUGGAGCUCUUUAUUCGGGAGAGGCAGGAGAAAGGCCUCAGCGGUGUGUCUGUGCAAAUCAUCAUCCGUACGUUCUGCCGCCUCGUCGCCUUGGCCAGCAUUGCGAUGGACGACAACUCCAGCGAUGACACUGCACUCAAGGUGCAUCGCUUCAUCAAGCAUCGCAAGCUCGUAGUGGCGGCAGAGAAGCGGGCCGUCGGACUGGGUCUCUUCCAGUCGUUCUCAUACCACGUGCCCUAUCCCGCUUCGUCCUACUUCGGGCAGGAGGUCAAGUACCUGGUCAUUGAGCUGCACACGACGUCGAAGAGGGUGGGCCACGGCACGCUGUUCAACUUGGGCGUGGACUACGCAAUUGGGGAGAUGCUGUUCUUCAUGGACGGCGGAGGUGAGUCGCAUCAGCACUGCUGCCGUGAUGGUAACACAACUGACAUCCUAAAAGUCAUGUACAACAAGGAGCACGUGCGUCAGUGCUAUAACGCCCUCCUGGGGUCCACCAACGCCUACGCCAGGACCGGCUUCUCCUUCUCCAAGGCAGAAGAGGAGGCGCUCUCGAAGGGAGCCCAGUUCGUGGAGCGGCCGGUUGGCAGUGGGAAGGCGUUCACCCGCCAGGAACUAUUGGCCGAGCAAGCGGCCGAGAGUGUCCUACGGCCCAGCAAUCUGUGCGUGUGGCGCAAGGUUCACUCCUUCAUCGAGGGCUUUCCAGAGUCGAGCGUGUGGGACGACAACAUUGUUGAGCUCGGUAAUGCCUACAUCGCCAGCCUCGGUGUCGGCUUCCCGUGGUCGCCUGUCGUGCCGGCCACUGUGGAGGCUAUCGGCAGCAAUGCACCUGAACUUGCUUCGUCAAAGGCCUUGGUUCGGGAUCGGGUGAUUGCUUCGCACAUAUCUCACCUUAACUCCAAGCUGGCGAUCUAUCACAAAGACACCGAUCUCAUCACCCAAUUCGCCCUCGGUGGACUUGCGGCGUUUGCGUGCAUGAAUGAAGGCGGGGCGCCUGAGACGAUGGACCCGCGGUGGCGCAUCCACUCCGUGGCGCUCAAGUCGGUGGGUCUGGAGUUUGUUCACCUCCACAAGCUCGACACCCGUAACAGCAGGCUGCGGUCCAUGUUGGGCUUGGGGCAAAUCUACUUUGCCUCGGGCGACGCCGUGGGCACCGCCGCUGCCUACAACGUCUCGAGAGAGUUGGUCUACCCCGCCAAGACCGCGGGCAACGGCAGAGUGGUGCGGACCAGCACGCUGGGGAACUGGCCCAUCAGCCAACACAUCACCAUCGUCCAGGACCCGUACCGCGCCUAA